AUGCAACAACUUGAAGCAGAGGGCAAGUUACCAAAAGCGACACCAAAGAAGAAGAGAAGAGUAGAACAAAGUGAAAGUAGUGAAGAACAAAGUGAAAGUAGUGGCAAUGAAGGAAAAAGAAGAGUUAAAAACUCAGUCAGGAAGAAAGUAAAGCUUGGUCGGAGUGGGUUCUAUUAUGACAAAUAA